AUGGCUUCUUAUAAACUUUCUUCUCUUGUUUUCUUACUUUUAUUUGGUAUUGAGAUUUCUAUUGCAACGAGAGCACUCACAACCUAUAGUCAAGGAGAAUAUGGUAAUCCAAGUACCUACAGUAAUGGUGGGUAUAAUUAUGUAGGAGAAAAUGGUGUUGGGCGAUAUGCUGGUGGAUAUACUCCUAAGGGUUAUGGAUAUGGAAAAUAUAAGAAUGAUUAUUAUUCAGGUCGAGAAAAGUACGGUCAGGGCACUACUAGUUUUGGUUAUGGUGUUUCUGGAUACGACACUGGAAAAAGUAAAGGGAAUGAUGAUGAUUACAGUGAACAAUAUGGACAAGGCUAUGGCGAUGGUGGAGGAAAACGUGGAGGAUCAUUCAAUGAGUAUAAUAGUUAUGCAAGUGGUUGUAAAGAUGGAGGAGUAAAUAACUAUCCUAGCUAUGGAUAUGAUGAGAAGGGUGGAGAGAUGUCCAAAGAAUACAAUGAUAAUAGAUAUGGUGGCAAAAGUGGAGAAAUGUAUGAAUAUCCGAAUUAUGGAGCUGGUAACAAAGGUGACAAAUCAUACAAAGAAUAUGGUGGUCGUCAAGGAAGCAGUGCAUAUGAUGGAGAUAGUGGCACCAAACCUUGA